GUUACCAUAAUUUUACUUACCUCACUCCGCAAAACCGAGCACUCAAUUCACGUACUAAACUGACAGAACGAUCAAGAACCUCAUCAAAACACCUCAGAAGGGCAGCAAUUACAUGGAUAAUUUCAGCAAUUAAAUGGGUAAAAUUGGACUUUAAAGGAAGCUGUCCAUUAUCCCCGAAUUUUCCAGCAAGAACCGGAGCAAGCAGGGGAAGAAGAAGCCGGCGGCAAGCUGCAGGGAACUCACGGACUACCCAAAAAUUGAGGGAAAUAAAUAGAAAUUAGCAUAACCCAGCCUAAAUCAAGGUUAAAGAGAUGAUUUCUUGGUUGUGGCUUACCCGAAAAAUGCCCAGAAAUUCAAACCCACAUAGCAGCCGGCGGACAGAGGAGAAGAGCAGAACAGAUCCGGGAUUUUCUGGGUUGAGAGGGAAGAUUCUAAGCCUCAAAUCUUGUGAUUUAACAAGAAAGGAAGAGAAUUCAUCAAGAUCCCACCGGGUUUCUCAAGGGGGAAGAAAGUCGGUGGCUUGGGGGGGGCUUGUCGGGUGCAAGGGAGAAGAAAGAAGAGCAGAUGUGCGGAUAAGGAAGAAGAAAAAGAAAGAACAACUCAGCCAUCCUUAUCCUAAUUUCCUUUCUUUUUAAGCCCCUGAACUUUGAAAACUUUUGCUAUUACAUUCAUUAAUGAUAUCUCUUCACAAUUAGGUCCCCAAUUUACUUUAAUGCUCUAAAAAUUUUGGGGUAUUACAUCCACCCCUCCUAAAAAGGAGUUUUGUCCCCAAAACUCAAAUCUAGGAUCGUCUAGAUUGGUGAAUGACUUCACACAAUCCAAGACAAAACAAAUGCCCCGACUUUCU